GAGAUUAACUCUUGCUGAAGUACCGUUGGUCCCAUUGAAGACAUCAAUUCAUAGUUUGAACAUGUCUCGUAUGUUUUCAGAAGACGUGACAUCUUUAAAAUAUCAUUUUGUUUACUAAACUAUUUUUACUUUUAUUUUCCUAGAUUGCCUGCAUUGCCAACAUGGAUUGUGUGUUAAAAACAAAAAAGUAAUGCGAUGACGAUAUAAUGGCUUCUGCCACAGCAACUGUGACAGUGAGAUGUCACAUUCCUAAAGCUUUGAUGUCUCAUUAAUGGAAAUUAUUGUACUUUGAUGUCUUUACUUUAAUAUGUCAUCACAUAAAGUCAAAAUUACAUAUGAUGCUGAGCUCAAUAACCAAUAAUCAACUUACCAACACAGCAAGGAAGAAGGGAACCGGACGAAGAGAAGGACAAGUGAAGCAAAGGAAAGAAGAGGAAGAGGAGUCCGUUGAAGAAGCUACCAAGUCAGGGCACCUGUUGGAAUCUCUCUUGUUGUAAAUCUGGAGAACAAAAGCAGUAUGUUGCCUGUCUUCGGACGGCCACGAUCAACACCAGGUGUUGCAUGUCUGAAGACGUUCCUUAUCUCCUACAGUCUGAUGUUCUGGAUCACCGGUGUGAUCCUGUUGGCGGUGGGAGUAUGGGGUAAGAUCAAUCUGGAGAACUAUUUUCCUCUGCCUUCACGAGGGGCCAACAUGGCACCAUGGGUGCUGGUCGGCACUGGGGUUGCAGUAAUUAUUUUUGGACUGUUUGGUUGCCUUGCGACUUGGCAGGGCACCCCGUGGAUGUUGAAGCUCUACGCCUUGUUUUCGAUCCUCGUGUUCCUGCUCGAGAUUGCGGCAGCCAUCGGAGGCUUUAUCUUCAGACAACAGAUCAAGGCAAUGCUAGGUAGCAUCUAUACAACUGCCAUUAACACGUAUGAUGGCAAAGGUGUAACUGCCACUGGUGUCGACACUAUCCAGAAGACUCUGCGUUGUUGUGGGGUCCACUUUUACCAUGACUGGAACACAUCGAGCUACUUCACAACCAACGGAAUCCCCACUAGCUGCUGUAGCACGACCAAUUGCCCCAGUGACUCGCUCAAAGACGUCUCGCUUGCUCAGAGCCUGGUGUACAAUGAAGGAUGUUUUUCUUUAAUAACCAAUGCAAUGGAGUCAAACCUGGCCAUCGUUGGUGGAAUCUCCAUCGGGUUUGCUUUCUUCCAUCUCCUUGGGAUUUUCCUGGCCUGUUACUUUUCUCGUUUCAUGACUGCCAAACCACAACCCUAGCAACAAGUUGGUUCAACUUGAACUUUUAAAUCACACGCAGUUGAAGGCAGGACACCAACUGCUGUCGGACGACAGAGACAAUGAAGAAAAUGUACAAAUUACUGGAUAGUUUCAUUGAGUAGCCAGUAAUGAAACAGUGAGUAUGCGUUCUGCAUUUCAGCUCAGAGUCUAGAAGAGGCCACUCACAAUAGCGGUACCAGAUUACCAUCAAACACCUAAACCUUCUCAGAAGAAGGAGAAUCCAACAACUCAACCUUAGGGAUCAACUAUCAUCACUAACUAACCCAGGAGGACACCGUAUAGUAACAUCACCAGCACUGACUGUCAACAAGUCACAACCUUCACAUAAACAAUAUGGACAAAGACCACGGUGCAAAUACCUGGGCGUCUGCUAUUAAACACAUCACUCCAAACUCAGGAACUAGUAAGAAACUGCCUUCAAACACCACUAACAUUUGACGAAUCCAAACAGAAGACAGUGAGUCUCUGAAGUCCAGAAUAAGGAAGUGACGCAACAUUAGUCCAGAGUUGUACUUUCAUUAUCAGUGUGUUCACAAAGUCCCAUAGUUGAAGGAAAUACUCACGUGAAGAUGACCACACACAUUAAUUGAGUUGCUUACUCUUAAUUUGAUGGACAGAGAACUGCCCACACCUGAGGUGUCCCACGUGGACAUUGGUCAGGCUCUUUUCGAUCACCUGGUGUGGGUUGUGCUUCUCAAAGUCCAGGAUGAACGCUUGUAAGGUUGUAUUCCCAGAAUAACUGCAUGAUCUGACCCCAGAAAAAGACUUCACUGGUGCAAGAACCGGUGACGAUAACACUUUCUUACAGCUCUAGAAAAAACACUUUUCUGUGAAGGACAGGACUAAGAGAAAUGAUCUUUGACAAACUUUUACUAGAUCUUGGAAUUUCUAAGGAAAAACUCAACUAGGGGUAAAUUGUGGUCUUGGCUCACAAAAAGAAAAAUUCCUUCAUAUUUUUCCUGAGAGGGUCCACGUCGUGAUAAUACUGGAAGACUUGACAGUCGACCAUCAAGUAUCCACACAUCUAUAUGCAGAUUAUGGGUCUUUAAGUGAACAUAGCUGAAAUAAUCAAAAUAAGGGUUUAAAUGAUGUGGAAGGAUUGGGAAAAGGAUCAACUUUUAAAUUAUUGUUGGUUAAAAAUGCGUUCAAUUAGGAAAAGACUGAAUCAGAAGUAUCAAAAAAAAAAAAAACGCAAGAAACCUCUAUUCUACAAGUAGAGGACACACAAAAAAUAGUCUAGCAAAGAAAAAAAAAAUCACCAGCGUCAUGAAGUGUUUGAAUAUAUGUAGCACGUUUUAGGUCACUUCAAAUAAGAGCAAUAACAAUAGGGUGAACGUCUUUAUCACCGCAGUCAGGAUAACAUUUGACAUAACACGCAAAUAAUCCUACAAUUUUGCUAAAUUCUUCUAACCAUACCCUAGAACCACUACUGAGUGACAACCAAAUGAUUUUUUAAAGGCAUAUUUAAUGUAUUUUAACAUGUAUGUUGUUUUAUGAAAGUUGAAUAAAAUUCUGAAUUAGUCUGA